AUGCACCAACAUCUUGCAUGGGUUCUAAGUGAACAAGAUUUCAUAGUGUGUGAUAGAAUAACUUCUCUGCAAGUAACUAAAACCCAACAACUAUGCACUGAAAAACAACAACAAAAGUUUGACAAACUCUCCAACGCGCAAACCACACAACCAGCAGUCAACACGAUCGACCUAACUAAAGCCGUUGUAAAUUUAUCAAACACUACACUGAGUGCAGCAGCGACAAGCAUUCUUAGCAAAGGGUUGAACUUUGCACCCACUCCGCGACGUGUGCCCAUCGAAAGUCUGAUUGGAAGUGUGGAAGAAUGCAUUGCUCGCAACAAAUUCAACAGCAUCGACACUGAAACAAUACGACAAGACAUAGCGGUCAUGGUAAGGCGAACAAAAAUACCAUCGGCAAGCAAUGUAAGUAGAGAUGAAAUGUUAGCUUUGAAUGAAUUGCGCAGAGAAGAGAACAUACUCAUUCUAUCUGCUGAUAAAGGUAACGCAACGGUCGUAUUAAAUCGUUGCGAUUACUUAUCAAAAAUGAAUGUUUUGGUAGAAGAUGUAAAUAUUUAUUUACCUGUUAAUUACGACCCAACAGCGCGUGUUUUAAGAAAAGUGACAAAAUUAAUUAAUGAAAACAAAGCGAUUUUACCACCUAAACGCUUAAUUCCAUCAUGUACGCAGCCACCAAAGUUGUAUGGGUUACCAAAAAUACAUAAAAAUGGGAAUCCAAUGCGGCCAAUUGUGAGUCAAAUAAAUUCACCUUGUUAUCUGAUAUCAAAGCAUUUAGUUGACGUUUUUAAACCUUUGGUUGGCGGGUCUGAACAUCACAUAAAGGAUUCCGCACAUUUUGUGUCAAUUUUAAGUGGUUUGCGAUUAGAAAAUGAUGAAAUGAUGGUUAGUUUUGACGUUGAGUCACUUUUUACGAAUGUGCCAGUGCAGGAAGUUCUUGUCAUCAUCCGUGAGCUUAUCUCAACCGCCGGCAUCAAUGAGAACUAUUUGCCUCUUUUGGAUUUCUGUCUCUCUUCGGGCUAUUUCUGCUUCAACGGACAAUUUUAUUUGCAAAAAGAUGGCGUCGCUAUGGGCUUGCCCUUAGCUCCAUUGAUUGCAGAUAUUUGGAUGGAGAAUUUCGAGAAAAAAGCUCUGGACAGUUCGAAAGAAAAACCAAGAGUCUGGCUGAGAUAUGUGGAUGAUACUUUCUGCAUUCUCAAAAAUUCCGCCAUUUUGAAUUUUUUAGAACAUCUCAACGCACUACAUCCAAAGAUAAAAUUUACAAUGGAAAAAGAAAAAGAAGGUUCCAUUGCAUUUUUGGACGUAAAAGUGAUGCGCAACCAAAAUGGCUCCUUAGGACACACGGUUUACCGAAAAAGCACCCACACUAACCGAUAUCUUCAUGCUGACUCCCACCACCACCCAGCAAAUUUGAGUUCCGUCGUUUCCACACUUUUUCAACGUGCUCAUAGAAUUUGUGACAGCGACCAUCUCAGCACAGAACUUUUGUUGUUGGACAAAGUCCUAGAAGCGAAUGGCUAUAGUAAAAAACAAAGAUCGUGGAAGCCAUUUUCUUCACAGGAAAUGAAAGAGAACCAACUCGACAAAAAAGCUUUCCUGCCUUAUGUUAAAGGUGUAACUGAUAGAGUGGGAAAAAUCUUAAAGAGAUAUGGUGUAAAAUCCAUAUUUUUACCACCAAAAAAGGUGAUAAACUACCUAAAAUCACCAAAGGAUCAAUUUCCCCUUGAAACACCAGGAGUAUAUGCAGUACCAUGCAGCUGUGGUGCUUCAUAUGUAGGACAGACGCAGAGAAGUAUUGCUACACGCCUAAAAGAGCACAUUAGCGCUGUUAGCAAAAAACAAAGGGAAAAGUCUGCCAUAUGUGAGCAUAUACUGGAUCAUCCAGAUGAACACCACUGGAUCCAUUUCGAUCAAGCUAAGGUUCUAGCAAAAGAGGCUCAUUAUAUACCGCGCCUGGUUCGUGAAGCGAUCGAAAUAAAACGACACCAAAAUUUCAACCGUGACGACAGUUUUAAGCUAUCUCGUACGUGGGACCCCUUAAUAAACUCGUCACGAUCUAUCCAAUUGCCGCUUCACACCAACAGUGAUAUAGUGAGUACGGUUUGCUCCCAACUACAACAAAACACGGAACCCCCUACGCCCCGUUACAACUUGCGUAGCCAAAAUCGCAUAUAA